AUGCCGCAGCUCUCGAAGAGGGGCUGCCUUGUCGCUGCGUUGUGCUUCGUCUUCUUCAUCUCCCCACGCUGCGGGGCGCUCGUACAGAAGGCGCAGUCCGCCGACCUGUUUGUCGACAGCGUCUGCGUCAACACCCACUUCCGCUUUGCUGGCACCGCCUACACGACGAACCAGACCCAACUGAUCCAGCUGCUGGCCGACGCCGGCAUCCACAACGUGCGCGACGACUCGCCCGGCGUGGCGCUCCAGCUCGCGGCCAAGGGCAUCAAGAUGAACUACGGCGUCUUCGAACUGGCGUGGAACACGGACAGCAACAUCAACAGCACCCGCCAGGUGGUCCAAAAGAUCAAAACGGCCAUCAACGACGGACUGCUGGUCGACGCCAUCAUGGGCAUUAACGAGCCCGAUGGCACGUGGCCUCAGAAGAACAUCACCUACAAUGGCAAGGGCUUCCCUAACGGGACGAUGGAGUACAUGAGGGACAUGUACACGCUCCUGCGCCAGGACUCCUUCUUCAAGGACAGGUGGAUCAUCGGCGCGCCGCUGGCGAUCUGGGCCGUCCUGCCGGCCAACUGCUGCAGCCAGUGGGUCGACUUUGGUGACAUGCACCCCUACCCCUUCAACGGCAACUGGCUCACAGAUACCUUCCAGUCCUAUGGCAACAUCACCCGCUACUUCUACAACAGCAACCAGCCAUCGACCAACUUGGACCAGUUCCCCACCAACUGGAAUCAGGCCAAGGCCUACUACCCCAAUCGGCCCUGGUUCGCCACGGAGACCGGCUACUCGACCGAGCAGGGCGGCAUGGGCACCUCGAUCCGCGCCCAAGGCCUCUACACCAACCGCAUCUUCACCGAGUACUUCCGCCUGGGCAUCCGACGCACCUGCGUCUACGAGCUGGUGGACCAGCACGACCAACCGACCGCCCACGAGUCCAACUUCGGCCUCCUCUACUCCAACUACUCGGCCAAGCCCAGCUACACGGCCCUGAAGAACAUGAUGACCCUCCUCCGCAGCGCGUGGGCGCCCUCUGCCGGUCAGCUGCGGCCCCCUACCUACGAGCUGGGCUCGCUCGACUUCAGCCUCAACGUCAGCGCCGUCGGCAGCUGGGACCGGACCGACUACGUGCACCACCUCCUGCUCCAGAAGCCCGAUGGCCUGCUCCUUCUUCUUCUGUGGCACGAGAUCUCUGAUGAAGACACCAAGACUCAGCCGCACCGACAGAUCUACCCCCCGCGCAUGCCCACCGUGCUGAGCCUGCCGCCGGACCGCUACACCGUGCGCGUGUAUGCGCCCCACGACGGACCGGGCCUGAGCGGCGCCUACUCGGUCGACGGCCGGUCGACCUUCACCCACGAGAGCCGCAUCUCGCUCAUGGUGCCUGACCACGUGUUGGUGCUCGAGGUGGAAGAGACAGACACGUCCGGCGGAGCGAGCCUCGUGUCAAGCGCAUGGUGGCACAUGUCUUUGUAG